UCGAAGAGAGGCCAGCACCAGUAGUCUCGGCACGUGGAGUGUGAGCGUGGCACUGAGCGGCGCUCGGCAGUGGUGAUGGCCAGCGAGUCCAAUACGGCAAACCAGUCACGGUGAACGUAUCGAGGUGAGCGCAUGUUAGUAUGACGCAACUAUUUACGCGCAAGGAGAUCGAGGAGCGCAACCGCAAAGAUAAUGCGGCCAUCAUUAUUGAUAACGUGGUCUACGACGUAACGCAGUUUCUCGAGGACCACCCAGGCGGGGUGGAGGUGCUGCUUGACAACGCCGGCAAAGACGCUUCGCGAUGCUUCCGCGACGUCGGCCACAGCGAGGACGCCAAGCUCUGGCGCAGUGAGUUCAAGAUCGGCGAAGUGGUGAAGGAGGAGCAGUGGGAGAUCGUUUGCCAGGAAACAGAAACGACACAGGGACGAGACGAACUUACACUUGCAGGUCUCCUGAACGUGUGGUUACCGCCGCUUGCAUUAGCUGCUGUGGCCAUCAUCGGUUAUAUCUACUUAUUCUAAUAUAUAAACGAAAAAAAAACCAAUACUAAUUGGUUUAAGGUGUUGGGUGUUGACAAAAUGUUAGAAAGGUUUCAAUGGAAAUUUGCCGUCGUCGUGUAAGGCAAACAGGGUGAGCACACAAUCGCGCACCCUAUUAAUUAAAAUAAUAAAACAGUGUUGUUUGCAUGUACGUACAUAUGUUCUUAUUAUUCGUUUCUAUAAACGCAAGUCAUUCUCCGUCGUAGAAAAACAUGAUUUGGCAAUAAUGUUUUGAUGUCUUUAUCUAAUUUAACUAAUUAUGUACAAAACUUCCAUCAAUCAAUAUGAUGUUUAUAUGUAGAAAUUAUGUCAUUAUUAUAGAAUGUGGAUUUUAGCUUCGUAAUAAAGUACAUUUUUUUAUUUACAGUUAUUUAUGCAACUAUCUAUCGAUCUUCCAUCCCGAAUAAAAAGGCUUAUGGCACGAUAACCCUCAAAUAAACAAGCUCUAUUUCUUCAGUUCUAUAAAUAGUUUGUAUAUAUUAUUGUUUUGGUUACAAUGUCUUAUUGUUAAAGGAUAUUUACAAGUUAAUUAGACGGGUCAUAUAUGUUAUGUUUCUUAAGUUUAACUUUAAACAAAGAAUGUUAUGGAAUAGUUUUUAAUUGCCAUUAUUUAUAUAUUUGUGAACGUUUUAUAUGUAUUUGAAGAAUGCAUUAUUGUUACAGUCAAUUAUAUAAGAAGAAAUAAAAAUAAAUUUUCAUAAUGACAAAUUAAUUACCCGCGAAAUGAUAAUUAAAAAAGAAAUAAUUAUUAUCAUAAUAUUAUAUAAAAUAAAGUCAACAUAAUUUAUUGCCUAAUGUAAAACAUUAGUUUGACGAGUACCGGCAUACAAUAAAAGUCAGUUUUUUUUUAAAUAAUCUAUGUAUAUUUGGAAAAUAAUUAAAUUGAUAAGACUAAUUAUACUUUCAACUAACAUUACCUCGCAAUUUUUUCUAACAUGUGUUGUUCAUUAAAUGUUUUACUGAACAACAAAAAAAAUUGAUCCUAGUUUAUAAUGUUUGUAUAUAAGGUGUAACAGUAUGUACCUCUACAGGUACGUCGUCUUCGCUGACUUGCCAGGGUAUUUGGGACGAGUACGUAACUCGGUCACUUAUGAAACGUAAAUAAGCAAGGUCACUCGCAGUGCCGUCGUCUCUGCAUUAUAAUUUUAUUAUAAUUACAAUCCACUAACUUCAUACGAAUAAAUAUAACCCAUGAACCAAA